CGGGCAACCAGGAAGCGGCGUCGCAUGGCUGCGUGUCUACAGAGCUCAUUAUUUUUUUUGUCUCCUGCAGUGUAGGACUGACCGGCUUAGUUUUGUUUGGCAGUGGUGUUCCACUCUUAAGUCCUAGAAGACCAUGGACCGACAUGUUCCUAUGCAUCCAUUACCUGAGGAAUUACAGAAGAUGUCCCGGGAUGAGACAGUGUGUAAAUACUGCGGAGUCAGCUAUUUGAUCCUUCAUGAGUUUAAAAUGCUAGAAGAGAAAGUCAAGGUGAUGGAAGACAAGGUGAAGUUUUACGAGGGAAGUGUAGAACGGGAGAAACAGCUUCGGGAAACACUCCAGCGCCUAAGUCAAGAAUUUGACCAGUGCACAGCAGCCAGUGAAUCAAAAACAGAAAGAAUAAAAAAAAUACACCUGGAGCUGGAACAGAAGCAAGCUGCAAUACAAAAUCUAAACGAGCAGCUGAGAUGCCUCCAAAAAGAGGAAGAAGUUUCACUUAGGCAGGCACAACUGUUGAGAAAAACAGUGGAACGACAUCAGUCAGUCCUAAAGAAAGCCUUUGCACUUCUUCCCUUCAUCAGAGGAGAGCUAAAGAGUGUUAAAGCGGACAUAUGUGGCAGUCUCCAUAACUGGAAAACUCUAAAAGGACAGAUGUUUGUACAGAUCAAAAACAUGAGUAAGACAGCAUUUUCAGAAAUUUCCAGUUUAAACCGAAGCUUAGCUGAAUGCCAGAGAGAAAAUGUUCUCCUCCAAGAGGAGGUGAAGCAGUUACGGUUGAUGUCAGAGGCAGCUGAAAAGGAAAUCAAGCACCUUAAAGCUUCUCUGCUGCGAGAGAGUGAAUUACAAAAUAGAUGUCAUGAACUGCAAAAGAAAACACAAGAUUUAACAAGCCAAAUAGAGACAACAGAACACAAAUUCCAGAAAACAGCUGCUGAAAUGGGCCAUUAUAAAAAGUUAUUCACAAAAACAUCAAGAGAAGUUGAGGAGUAUCAAAGUGAACUUAAGAAACUGGAAUCUAAAAUUGGAACAUCAGAAGCUCGAUUUACUAAUACUCUGAAAGAGCACAAGCAAUCUUUGCUCGCCUGCCAGCAAGUAUGCAAAUGUUUACAGGAAGAAGUGAUUGAGAAAGAAAGGGAAGAAGAAGGUCUGAAAAAAAGAACCAACCAUUUGGAGAGUGAACUAGAAACAAUUAAGAAUCAUCUAAGGCAGCAAGAGGAAGAAGUGGUAAUGCUUAAGCAAGAAAGGGAGUCCCAUCAAAGCAGAAUGAAGCAACUGCAGGAAACAUUAAAGGAGAAGGUGAUGAAGGAAAAGAACUGGCAGGAAAAGAUUAAAGACGAUCGAGAAAAAGAACAAGCUCAUCACAAAAAGGAGAUUCUCAGAAUCAAAGAAGAAGCUAGAAUGGAAUUGGACAUCGAGAAACAAAAGCAUCAGGAAUUGACUGCAAAAUAUCAGAGAGAUCAGGAGGAGCUCCUUCACAAAAAGGUACCUUCAUUAAUAAGCAGCGCUAUUAAUAACCUGAAAACGGAAAUGGACACCCUUGAAACGGAGCUCCAUGAAGCCCGAACCAAACUAGCAGAAAAAAACAAAGAGGCAGAAGAUGAGCGUCAGAGCCUUGGAAAGCUGGUCGCAGACCUUGAGAUCCAGCUAUCAGAGGAACAGAAUAGCCAUCAUGGAGUUACAAAAGACAUGAGAGAAGAAAUAAAAAAUAAAUCAGAUGAGCUGAAAAAACUGGCUCAGGAGCAAACACAGCUGAUCCAAAAUUUGAGUCAAGUUCAAGAAGAGAAUGCUCUUCUCCAGGACACAGUGCGCAGGGAGUGUGAGGAACGCUAUGAGCUCACCGAAGCUUUGACCCAAGCCAGAGAACAAGUAAUGGAGCUAAAGAAGCUCAGUGGAAAUUUCCCAUUGUCACAGUGUUCUCUCAGUCAGGGCAACCUCACCUCCUCCACUGUGUUGGUCAGUGGUCACGGUCAGAAAAGCUCAAAUCGUGGGAGAGAAAGAACACCCUCAGGACUCUGUGGCAUUUCAAGAGCCACUAAAGUACAGUCUUACAGUCAGUACAAGUGCAGUAGCAACAGGACUGGGCCUGGUCUUCCCGCACUGCAGCCAUCUAGCAGAAGAGGAUCUUCUCUAGAUGAAUCUAGGAGGAGAAUUGCAGCAGCCAUAACAAGACAGCUGAGUCAGCUUUGACAUUUCAGGGGCUGUACUCUUGCCAUCCAAAACAGGACCCCACCCCACCCCAACUGCCUGGAGCAGGUCUUUGGACGGAGCUUAGUAGACAACUAUUACCAGAGACACAGGUUUCUUUCCGGCAAUUAGCACACUUCCAGGACUGAAUGUUUUUAUACAGGAUAACAUCAAAUUAAGCUAAAGGUCAUGUAAAAAAAUAGCUCAAACAGUGCAAUCAUGAAUCAGCAUUUUGGUAAGCAGUGUUGGUGUUUUAAGUCUCGUUCGCCGGCCAAAGCAGACUUGACCCCUGUAUGGGUACUUGCAUGGUUUUUCUUUUCUUUUUUAAUGCUAAUUUGCAGCUCUGGGCAGCUGAUCUGAAGAUGGGAGGGAUCAGUCAUGGAGGAAAGAUAGUUUAACCCUUUUCUCCCAUUCCUCUUCUACAAUGUAGAACACUACCCCCAAAGUUGAAAUGGACUAAAACCUGUAUAUUUUCCCAUGGGAGGCAAUCACUGAAGUGGUCAACCUGUGUCUGGGCCAGCUCAGACUUCAAGUUGGGGCUCACAUGCUUAAAUGUUCAUUCUUCCAUGCCAAAAAAGAAAAAAAAUCUUAUCACAGACACUUAACUUGUCAGGGAGAUGAGAGACUUCCUUCUGACAUGGUUUUCCUUGAGUGGGACUUUUGCAUAUGGAGGAGCAAUCAUAUGAACCCUCACCUACUAUCUUAAGUGGUCCAGACUCCAGACACAAGGUUUGCCACCUCAGUGAGAACUAAAUGUAAUGUGCAUUUGUAUGUAAAAUACGGUGCAUAGAUUAAGGCACUUAACACUUGCCCACGAUAGCAGUUUCAUCCCACUUGUUUCAGUGGUAGUCAAAAUGUAAGCAAAGAGAUGUACAGUUAUCAGAACAUUUUUUUC